CUGAUACAGGCGCAAGUUCAAACAAAAGAAAAAAACAACAACAAAAAAAGCAAACAAAUAAAAAAAACUACAAAGCGAAAAGGUUUUUGGGUUUAUUUUUGAUUAACGAUUUGUUUACAUAACGAAAUAUCAAUCUUACUUCAUUAACUUAAUGAUGCCUUGUAGUGCAAAUAUAUCUUGUUGCUGAUCGUGCUCCAUAUAAAAUUCCGACGUUCUUUAUAAAGUUUCGGUUUCUAAAUCAAUUUUUAAAGCAAGAGAAAAAACCUUAGUUGUUUAAAAACAUAAAAGCAUCGACAAAACUUUUAAUACCACAAACAUUUAACAAUGAGUCUUAAUUCCCUUGGUUAUAAUAUUCGCUUAACAGUCAAUGGAUUUAAAGGAACAGGAAAAACAACAUUGAUUCAAACAUUAUUUGGAAAUUCACUUUCUCAAGAUCUAACUGUUCAUCUUAAAGAAGAUUUUUAUUCGGAUAAAAAAGUCAAACAAAAUAUUGUUGAAUCGGACGGAAGGAACGAAGCAGUUACUUCAUGGGCACAUGGUGUUGUAAUUAUGGUAAGCACCAGCAGUUUAAUUUCAUUUAUGUAUGCAGAAGAUUUUAUUAUUAGAGCAAAAGAAAUAACUCUUAAGAAUGCUCCAAUAGUCUUAGUUGUUAACAAUAAAGACGAACUUAAUCGUAAAGUAUCACUCACUGACUGCAUAAAACUUGCUAACAAAUAUGAUUGUAAAAUGUAUGAACUUUCUGCGCAAAACGAUGUUAAACUGGUCAAAGAGUUGUUUAAAGAUAUUUGCAUUGAAAUAGUCUCUAAAACAAGAAGAAGAAGCAAAACUGUGAAAACGUGCCCCGUAAAAAAAGCCCCGAGUAUACUACGUAAAAUGCUAACCUUUUAAAAAGUGUUAUGAAAAUAAAUUUUUUCUAAAAAGUAAAUUGAUCAAAUACUUAAGAUAUCUUUUACUUUUCAAUAAAAUACGUUAUCAUUAAA